GCCCCUGGUGGCACUGCUCGAUGGCCGGGACUGCACGGUGGAGAUGCCUAUCCUGAAGGACGUUGCCACCGUGGCGUUUUGUGAUGCACAGUCCACACAAGAGAUUCACGAGAAGAAACUGCAACCCUGGGGUAUUGGAUUAUUUCCCUGGAUGCCGCAGAGAGCACCGUAGGCUGGCUGUGAUGAGCCUGGUCCUCCUUGUUCCCCGUCAGCACUUAAACACCACACGGGGAAGCCUGACACCCUGCCUCCUGGAGCUUGGAGUCAAGUGGUUUGCAGCUUUUGGGCAGCUUUCAUGAUUUAUGAGUUUGCUUAGGAGAUUUAUAGGGUUUUCCCGUCGAUGCAAACUAUGUUAACCUGGUUUUCUACUUCCCGUAAUGGCAGACGAAGUAGUUCAGAACAAUUUUCCCACUGAACAGCCAAGAAAAGUGGUUGAAAUUUUUUUUUUUAAAGUCUAAAAAGCAACCAAGAGCUAACAGGAUCUAGCUGAGAUCAGGAGAGGCUCAGAAUCCAGAGGAGUGGAGUGGCCUUGCCUGUUUUGGUCUGGAGGUGUUCAUUGUUCUGGAAGAGGUAGCUGAGAGGCUGAGUUGUGCUUUUGGUGGCCUCAUGGGGCUGGAGGUUCAAAAGGUGGCGUUUGGGGCCAUAGCUGGCUCAGGGUUGAGAUCCAGAAGGAUGCACCUUGAGAGUGAGGAUGAACUGAAACGAAACAUGCUCUCACAGGGCAUACUACACAGCUAGUUAACAUCUGUGUCAAGCCUUGAACUUGGGUUGUAGGUGACCUUGGAUCCCUGUGCCUAGGCAGCUGGCAAAAGCAAAUGGAGAGUCCUUUUUGCAGGAAGAUAGCAUUGGCUUAGGCCUCAAAUUCCUUCUGCAAAUCAUUUUCAAGUACGCUGUCCAUCACACAGUUAAGAUAAUCAGGCAGUCAAGGGGCUAUGACGAGUGAAAACGAGCAGAAACAGAAGAUGACAGAAGGAGACCCACAGGAACUCAGGUGUUAGAAUUGCCAGGCACGGACUGUGGAGCAGUUACUACCAUAACCUAAGUUACUGUCAUAAGCGAAGAAAUCAAAGCCCAACUUGGAAAUGUAGACAAGGAACUGAUAGCUGCAUAAAAGUGACAUAUCAGAUUCGGGAAAAAUAGAAAACUUAGAGCUGAGAAAUACUAAAGCCAACAUUAAGGAAGACUGGAUCACAGGGCUUGAAGAUGACGUGGUGGUUGGUGAGUUUCCUGGGCUUUCUUUUUGCCUCAUGUCCUGGUCCUGAGCUGGAAACCUGGAAAUGCCAAUAAGUACAGAAAAAAGUCCCAACAAAGCCUGCUCUUUAGCCAGAGGACCAGGAAAGGGCAGCUUAGCAAGACAAAAACUUCCGGACAUUUAACUACUCUACUGCAGCCAAACACCACUGGAAACACUGUGAACCCAUCCCCACCCUUGACAGCACAGGGCAGAGCGGGGAACCCAGACUUCCACCAUCAUGAGAGGUGCCCCAUCUCCCCACCGGUGUUGUGUCACAGGAGGCCUGGUGGAGACCCCAGAGCUUUCAUCGCUGCUGUCCUCUAAUGAGGCCCUUCCAUGGUGUCAGUGGAGGCCCCAUGGGGAGCCUGGACUUUAUCCCCACCCAGCAGUACUGCUGGGGUCCUGUCAGAGGAGGCCUGGUGGAUAGUCAGGACUUUCACCACUGCCUAGGGGCUAUGAGGCCACCUGCUCUGCAGCGUCAGUGGAGACCUCAUGGGGAACCAGGACUCCUGUUGCCGCAGACCACUGACAAGGACCACCUGCUCCUCAGAUGUUAUUGGAGGCCAACGGGGAAACCUAGACUUCUAUUUCCACUUGGCAAUAAUGAGGCGGCAUUCCUGCUCUGUGUUUUAUUGGCUGUGCAAAGGUAUUCUGCUGUGUGGAUCAUAACAAAUCGUGGAUAACAUUGAGAAGAAUGGGAAUUCCAGAACGCUAAUUGUGCUCAUAAGGAACCUGUACUUAAACCAAGAGGCAGUUGUUUGGACAGAGCAAGGGGAUACUGUGUGAUUUAAAGUCAGGAGAAGUGUGCAUCAGGGUUGUAUCCUUUCAGCAUACUUACCAUUCUGUAUGUGGAGCAAAUAAUCUGAGUAACUGGACUAUAUGAAGAAGAAUGUGGUGUUAGGCUUGGAAGAAGACUCAUUAACAACCCGUUAUGCAGAUGACACAACCUUGCUUGCUGAAAGUGAAGAGGACUUGAAGCACUUACUGAUGAAGAUCAAAGACCACAGCCUUCAGUAUGGAUUACACCUCAACAUAAAGAAAACAGAAAUCCUCACAGCUGGACCAAUGAGCCACAUCAUGAUAAACAGAGAAAAGAUUGAAGUUGUCAAGGAUUUCAUUUUACUUGGAUCCACAAUCAACAGCCACGGACGCAGCAGUCAAGAAAUCAAAAGACGCGUUGCAUUGGACAAAUCUGCUGCAAAGGACCUCUUUAAAGUGUUAAAAAGCAAAGUUGUCACUUUGAGGACUAGGUGCGCCUGACCCAAGCCAUGGUAUUUUCAGUCUCCUCAAAUGCAUGGGAAAGCUGGACAAUGGAUAAGGAAGCCUUAAGAAGAACUGAAGCCUUUGAAUUAUGGUGUUGGCGAAGAGUAUUGAACAUACCAUGGACCACCAGAAGAACGAACAAGUCCGUCUUGGCAGAAGUACAACCAGAAUGCUCCUUUAAAGAGAGAAUGGCAACACUUCUUCUCACAUACUUUGGACAUGUUGUUAGAAGGACUAGUCCCUGGAGAAGGACAUCAUGCUUGGUAAAGUAGAGGGCCGGUGAAAAGAGGAAGACCCUCAAUGAGACAGAUUGACAGUAGUGGCUGCACCAAUGGGCUCAAGCAUAAUGAUUGUGAGGGUGGUGGAGGACUGAGCAGUGUUUCGUUCUGUUGUACAUAGAGUCACUGUGAGUUGGAACCAACUCAGUGGAACCUGACAACAACAACAACAACAUAAUCAAGACAAAAGGAACCCUGGUGAUACAAUGGUUAAGAGCUUGGCUGCAAACCAAAAGGUUGGCAGUUCAGAUCCACCAGAUGCUCCUUGGAAACCCUGUGGGGCAGUUCUGCUCAGUCCUAUGAGUGAGAAUCAACUCAAUGGCAUUGGAUUUGGUUUUUUGAUUUUGGUUUAUAAUCAAGACAGGAGGAGCCCCGGUGGUGCAGUAGUUAAGUGGUUGGGCACGCACCAAGAAGUCAGUGGCUUGAACCCACCAGCCACUCUGCAGGAGAAAGACGUGGCAGCCUGCUUUCAUAAAGAUUACACCCUUGGAAACUCUGUGAGUUGGAAUCAACUCGACAGCAAGGGGUUUAUAAUCAAGACUGUGGUAUUAGCAGAAGGAUAGAUGCACAGAUCAAAGAAGAGAACAGAGAACCCAGAAACAGGUGCACUUAAGUAUGCCCAGCUGGGUUUUGACAGAUGUUUACAAAAACAAUUCAGUGGAGGAAAGGUAGGCUUUUCAAGAAAUGGUUCUGGAUCAGUUGGGCAGGCAGCUAAAAACCAAACCUUAACCUUAUACGAAAGUUACUUCAAAAUGGGCUGUUGACUUAAGUGUAAAAAGAAAACCGUAGAGUCUUUAGCAUAAAACACAGUAGAAAACCUUUGGAUCUAAAGCUAGGCAAAGAGUUCUUAGACAUGAUUCUAGAAGCACAAUUCAUAAAAGGAAAAAAUCGUUAAAUUGGACUUUAUCAAAAUCAAAAAUGUUUGCUCUGCGAAAGACCCCAUUAAGAGGGUGAAGAGACGAGCUGUUGAUUGGGAGAAAAUAUCUGGAAACCACAUGUCUGACAAAGCACUAGUGUAUAGAAUCUAUAAAGAAGUCUCAAAACUCAACAGGAAAAAGAAGAAUGAUCCAAUUAGAAAAUGGGCAAAAGAAGUGAAACAUUUCACCAAAGAGAAUAUACAGAUAGCAGAUAAGCACAUAAAGUGAUGUUCAGCAUCGUUAGCUAUUAGGGAAAUGCAGAUGAAAACCACAAUGAGAUAUCACCAUCCCGUCAGAAUGACUCACGAAACAGCAACAACAGCAAGGGUGAGGAGGAUGUGGAGAGAUGGUCACCCGUGCAUUGCGGGGGGGAAUGCAAAACGGUGCAGCCACCCUGGAAAAGUUUGUCACUGCUUACAAAAUGAAACAGACGACUACCAUACGGCCCAGAAAUGGCCGUUGUGGACGUUUACCCCAGAGCAUGAAAGACACAUUUUCACACAAAAAACAUACAUGAAUGUUUAUAGCGGCUUUAUUUUAUGAUAGCCCAAACUGGAAACCACCCAGUUGUUCUUCAGCGGGUGAAUGGUGAAACAAAUUGUCAUACAUCCGUAACGUGGAAUACUCUUCAGCACUAAAAAGGGCUGUCGAUACAUGGGAAUUACGCUGAGUAAAGAAACCAAUCUCAAAAGGACAUGUAAGGUGGAUGCAUGCUGCCUCCUCUGUGGGCACGUUGAUAAGGUGGGAGCCGCAGGGGCAAGAGGUGACAAGGCCUGGGCUGAGAGUCCAGAGCUGGGUGCGUGCUCCAGCUGCCAGUGCGGUGAGGUGUCGGCAUCUUCAGACAUCACUUCUUGUUAGAAAGUCCUGCACACAUGCCUGUACCCUCAUUACCGUAGGAUCCCCCGUGCGCACGCGGAAACGAGGCUGGUCCUGAAUGAAGCCGUGGGGGCCCUGAUGUACCACACCAUCACUUUAACCAGGGAGGACCUGGAGAAGUUCAAAGCCCUCCGGAUCAUCGUCCGUAUCGGCAGUGGCUUUGAUAACAUCGACAUCAAGUCGGCUGGGGAUUUAGGCAUUGCUGUCUGCAACGUGCCAGCAGCCUCUGUGGAGGAGACCGCAGACUCCACCCUGUGCCACAUCCUCAACCUGUACCGGCGGACCACAUGGCUGCACCAGGCGCUGAGGGAAGGCACCCGGGUCCAGAGUGUUGAACAGAUCCGGGAAGUGGCUUCCGGAGCUGCCAGGAUCCGUGGGGAGACCUUGGGUAUCAUCGGACUAGGUCGCGUGGGGCAGGCGGUGGCCCUGCGGGCCAAGGCCUUCGGCUUCAACGUGCUCUUCUACGACCCAUACCUCUCGGACGGCAUCGAACGGGCCCUCGGGCUGCAGCGGGUGAGCACCCUGCAAGACCUGCUCUUCCACAGUGACUGUGUGACCCUGCACUGCGGCCUCAAUGAGCACAACCACCACCUCAUCAACGACUUCACCGUCAAGCAGAUGCGACAGGGGGCUUUCCUGGUGAACACGGCCCGGGGCGGCCUGGUGGAUGAGAAGGCGCUAGCACAGGCCCUGAAGGAGGGGAGGAUACGUGGCGCGGCCCUGGACGUGCAUGAGUCAGAGCCCUUCAGCUUUAGCCAGGGCCCCUUGAAGGAUGCGCCAAACCUGAUAUGCACGCCCCAUGCUGCGUGGUACAGCGAGCAGGCCUCCAUUGAGAUGCGCGAGGAGGCAGCCCGGGAGAUCCGGAGGGCCAUCACAGGCCGGAUCCCCGACAGCCUGAAAAACUGCGUGAACAAAGACCACCUGACAGCCGCCACCCACUGGGCCAGCAUGGACCCAGCUGUGGUGCACCCCGAACUCAAUGGGGCGGCCUAUAGCAGGUACCCCCCGGGCGUGGUGGGUGUGGCACCCACGGGCAUCCCAGCUGCCGUUGAAGGCAUCGUCCCCAGCGCCAUGUCCUUGUCCCACGGCCUGCCCCCGGUGGCCCACCCGCCCCACGCCCCUUCUCCUGGCCAAACUGUCAAGCCCGAGGCAGAUAGAGACCACACUAGUGACCAGUUGUAGCCCGGGCAGAGCUGUCCACUCCGCGCCCUGGUGGAGGGGCCACGUGGCCCUUGGACCGGCGUGUGCAGAGGCGGCGGUGCCACCGUGCGGAGGCCCCGGCGCCCAGAGACUGGCCUGGCACGCGGGCAGGAGCAGCAGAGAGUGUGGCGCCGGGCCUCCUCCUCGUCCCCAUUGUAGUCGUCCCGUCCCUGGACUGGCUCAUGUCCUGUGUCCUGCGCGUCCUUCGUAAAGCAAAAGAAGUUAGUAGUUAAUUAUAUCAUGAAUGUACUUGUCUGUGUACAGUUUUUAGAACAUGAAAAAGGAUUUGUUUGCUUAGCUGUCAACAAAACAAAACCCCGGGCGAGCGUUCGGCAAGUUGAUUCCAAGAUUAUUUUUCCUUUUCUAUGUUGAAGCGUGCCCCGGAGCGAGGCAGUUGGCAAACUUCUCAGGACAAUGAAUAUUUCCCGUUUUCUUUCCACGCCACACAGUGCAUUGUUUUUUCUACCUGCUUGUCUUAUUUUUAGAAUAAUUUAGAAAAACAAAACAGAGGCUGUUUUCCCCCAAUUUUGGCAUGAGUCCCCCAUUCUCCGUGAAGUCAGCGCCGCAAAGCAACUCUGAGGAGGGAGCAGUUUGCACCGACGCCCACCCAGCUCGCUGUGCCGCGAUGCUGACCCGCGGGUGGCGGGCCGCGGCAGCUCCGCCUGGCCGAGGCCGUCCUGCUGAUGUGGUAGGCUAGCAAUAUUUUGGUUAAAAUCAUGUUUGUGACUGUAACCAUUUGUAUGAAUUAUUUUAAAGAAAUAAAAAUCCCAGAAAGA